CGCCCGAACGCCGGGAAAACACGAACGCUUUUCCGCCGCGGUCGCCCCUCCCGAACUUUUGGUGCGAUUCGAAAGUUUAGUGUGUGUACAAACUUGUGGGAUGAUUGUGUUGAUUGUGAUUUUUUAGUUGAUCGCCACUCUGAAAUUUCGUUGGAGUCCAUCAAUCAAGCCCCACUCCGCGAGGACAAUUGAAUCGGACCGGUACAUCUGUAGCACUUAAUAUGUCCGACUAGACCGAACGUCCGAGGAUGACAACCUUCGAGUAGAGUUCAAGGAAAAAGUGGAAAGAAAUUAGUUACAAAUGAACGACCUAAACUAUAACGCCGGGAUGAGCUCCUACCAGUUCGUGAACUCCCUGGCCUCGUGCUACGGGAACCAGGUGCCGGGUCGCACGGGGACGCCGGUGGAGCAGACCGGCCACCCGGGGCUGCCGACUCCGGGGGCGGACUACUAUAACCCGAACCCAGCGGCCGCCUCCUACCCCAACGCCUGCUACUCCCCGCCGCAGGUGGGACACCACUAUCCGCAGCACCCGUACGCCACGCCGGCGUCGGGAGCCCACAUGCAACCACAGUCCAUGAUCGACUACACCCAGCUGCACCCUCAGCGACUGGGCUCGGCGGCGAGCCACAUGCACCAGCACUCGAACGCCAGCCCGGGUGCACUGUCGCCCAACAUCAUGUCGACUGCCAACCAGGCGUCGGGCACUAGCUGUAAGUUCGCGGACUCCACCUCCACGACUGGAGUCGCUUCACCCCAGGACCUGUCCACGUCGUCGGGGCCCGGCCGGACGUCCCCGGGCUUCGGCGUGGGUCAGAACUCCGGGACCAGCACCAAGCUGGGCCUGACCACGCCGAUAGCCUCGCCCGUGGAGCACAAAGCGAACGUCAAUCAGAACAUAUCGAGCCCCGCCUCCAGUACGUCCAGCAAUGAGAGCAAUGAAGCGAACAACUCCAGUACCGGAAACACGAAAAAUGCAAAAUCUGGCAGCGCACAGGCGAACCCUCCGCAGAUAUAUCCAUGGAUGAAGCGUGUACAUCUAGGCCAAAGUACGGUGAACGCGAACGGGGAGACGAAACGCCAGCGAACAUCGUAUACCCGCUACCAGACUCUAGAACUCGAGAAAGAGUUCCAUUUCAAUCGGUAUCUGACUCGAAGGAGACGCAUCGAAAUCGCUCAUGCGCUGUGCCUCACCGAACGUCAGAUCAAAAUCUGGUUCCAGAAUCGUCGCAUGAAAUGGAAGAAGGAGCACAAGAUGGCUUCGAUGAACAUCGUCCCUUAUCAUAUGAAUCCGUACGGCCACCCGUACCAGUUUGACCUCCACCCGAGCCAAUUUGCCCAUCUGUCAGCAUAGGAUCAGUGGAAUUUUUCAAAUAGUGGAUAACUGAUUUACUAAGCAAUCAGUCGCCUGAAUCGCAGGGUUGUAUGUAGAGCUACUGCAAAUAUCUGCAGUAAUCCUACAGCAAUAAGACUGGAUCAGUUAUUCGCUGUUUGAAAAAUUUCUCUAUCAUAGACAAAUUGUUAAAAUUAUUGUUGUGACAUUCAGUGAUGUUAAAGAUAUUAUAGUGAUUGUGCUGGAAGAAGCUCAAGAAGAAGAACAAAUUAGAAGAAUGAAAAUUAGCGCUAAUGUAAGAAAUCAAAUAAUUGUAAACUUCGAUAUCCCGCUGACUGGAGACUGACUUAUUAGUUCAGAACGGAAUCAAUAAGUGCUGCCAUGUGUAACAAAUCAACAAAAAUAAUUCAUCGUGAAAUUGAUUAAGUUACAAUUUUACCUAGUCAUAAGAUAUUGUUUGAUCUUAAUAAUAAUUAUAAAGUUAUAGGGUUAAAAACAAAUCAACAAAACUAGUGUAAAAACAUUUCUAAUAAAGCCUACGAUAGGAGUAGGUAGUUUAACUUGUUAGAAUCUUAUUAAUGGAAUGUAACAAAAAUAUUGUUCAAAUGAAUACCUUCUUAAGUAUUGAAAUAAAAUAAUUAUCGUCAACGAACUAACAAAUUCGGAAUCGUACAGGGAUAGGUACACUUUUCAGAAUGCUGUAACGCAUACGUACGUUUAAUUGUCCUAAAUAUUUUUAUUUGAAACUAUCUAGACACAAAAAUUAUAUGAACGAUGUGAAUUUUAUUACUUGAUGUAGCUCAGUUGCGUUAGAUUUGUGAAUAGUUAGAUAUCUUUUUAAAUGUAAAUAUAAAGAUUUUCUCUGUAGUAGAUAGAUAUUAUAGAAAAAGUUUAAUAUAUUCAAACUAGAAUAACUUUUUCGAAGAACUGUUUUAUGUUCCUGAGUUUUAGUUGUAAAUAAAUUUUAUUUCACU